AAGCGCGGCGUCAACUGCUGCAAAGCGCCGUACGACAGAACCUGGGACCGGAGUACGGCCGGCAACCGCCCUCGCCGCCGCUGCAAAUCCUACAGCUGCAGGAAUCGAGCGCGGCGGCUGCCUGCCUGCUCGCCCUCCGCGCUUGCCCUGCGUCCCUGGAGGCGGUCCGGAGCUUCUGCGCCGCGGAGGCGGCCCGCGCCCGCCCUGCCGGUCGCCAUCAUCCCGGCGUGCACCGCGGCGGCGGGCGGGCCGGCGGCCAUGUUGCGAUAGUCUGUUGUUUUCUUCCUGCGGAGGAGCCGGGCCGGAGUGGCGGAGACCCCCGGCCGCCCCUCCCCUGUUUCCGGUCUCGGCCCGCUGUCCCCCGUCCCCGCCGCGCGUCCCCGGGCCCCGGCCGGCCGGUGGCCCACCGGCUGGCUUGGCGGGGCGACCCUGAAGGCCGGGCCCGCGAGCACCAUGGCGGCCGCUCUGGGAGCGGGCGGAGGAGCCGGCGCCGGAGAUGAUGACUUUGACCAGUUUGAUAAGCCUGGUGCAGAGCGAUCUUGGAGAAGAAGAGCUGCAGACGAGGACUGGGACAGCGAACUUGAAGAUGACUUACUUGGAGAAGAUUUGCUGUCUGGCAAAAAGAAUCAGUCGGAUUUGUCAGAUGAAGAGCUGAAUGAUGAUCUUUUACAGAGUGAUAAUGAGGAUGAAGAAAAUUUCAGUUCUCAGGGUGUCACAAUUAGUUUAAAUACCACAUCUGGCAUGGUCACAUCAUUUGAACUGUCUGACAACACUAAUGACCAAUCUGGAGAACAGGAAUCCGAGUAUGAACAAGGAGAGGAUGAACUUGUUUAUCACAAAUCCGAUGGAUCUGAAUUGUAUGCUCAUGAGUACCCAGAAGAAGGACAGUAUGAAGGCCACGAUGCCGAGCUGACAGAGGACCACAUGGAGUAUGUGGAGGAGCCCGAGGAGGAGCAGUUGUACAAUGAUGAAGUGUUAGACAUCGAGAUCAAUGAGCCUUUAGAUGAGUUCACAGAUGAAGAAUACUUGCAGGCUUGUGGGCAACAAGGGCUGCAAGAGCAGGAAGACUGUGUUGCUGAAGAUGAAUUAGAUGAGAUUACUGACCCCCAGGUUGCUCCUGAAACUGAAGAGGGAGGUAUGGAAACUUUGGAACUCCAGAAGGACGUAAAAGAAGAAUCAGAUGAGGAAGAUGAUGAGGAUGAAGAGUCUGGACGAUUACGUUUCAAAACUGAAAGGAAAGAAGGAACAAUUAUUAGGCUCUCAGAUGUAACUAGAGAGAGAAGGAACAUUCCAGAAACUUUGGAGCUUUCAGCAGAAGCCAAAGCUGCGUUGCUUGAAUUCGAAGAAAGAGAGCGACAGCAUAAGCAGGGGCGCUAUGGUUCGAGGCGGGGAGGAAGGAGAGGAGGCCCUGUGGUGUGUCGCGGAAUGGGAGACCAGAGGAGAGAGAACAGCGAGCGUGCGAGAAUAAAAGAUCACAGACCUGCCCUGCUUCCGACGCAGCCUCCUGGCGUGACGCACUCUCCAAGAUUAAUUCCUCCUCCGCAGCCUCAGCCGCCACCGCCGCCGCCGCCGCCGCCGCAGCAACCCAUCCGGAGUCUGUUCCAGCAGCAGCAGCUGCAGCCUCUGCUCCCCCUGCAGCACCCGCACCACGCCUCGCCCCCCCAGGGAGUGCAUCUGCCGCCCCAGAUCGAGGCCCCGAGGGUGAUGAUGACCCCUCCCCCCGUGACCCCGCAGCAGCCCAAGAACAUACACAUAAACCCCCACUUCAAAGGGGCAGUGGUGACGCCCGUGCAAGUGCCCUUGCUGCCAGUCCCGAGCCAGCCGAGACCCGCCGUGGGGCCCCAGAGAUUCCCAGGCCCUCCAGAGUUCCCGCAGCACACGCCUGGGCCUGUUCCCAGCAAUUUCAGCCAGCCCCCACGACUUCCUCUCCAGGACCAGUGGAGGGCCCCGCCGCCGCCACAGGAGCGAGACCCUUUCUUCUUAGGAGUUUCAGGUGAACCAAGGUUCCCGAGUCAUCUCUUUCUGGAACAGCGAAGCCCCCCUCCGCCGCCACCGCCCCCCACGCUUCUUAGCAGCACUCACCCAGUGCCCACUCCUAGUCCCUUACCGUUCACUCAGCCUGGACCAGCGUUCAAUCAGCAGGGACAGCAGCCCGUGUUUCCGAGAGAGAGGCCCGUCAGGCCUACCCUCCAGCCGCCAGGUCCAGUGGGGAUCCUUCACUUCAGCCAGCCAGGCUCAGCGGCCACGCGGCCUUUCAUCCCUCCUCGGCAGCCCUUCCUGCCUGGUCCGGGACAGCCGUUUCUGCCCGCCCAUGCCCAGCCUAAUCUGCAGGGGCCCCUGCACCCGCCACUGCCCCCUCCGCACCAGCCUCAGCCCCAGCCCCAGCAGCAGCCCCCGCUCCAGCCGCAGCACCAGCCCCCGCUCCAGCCGCCCCCGCAGCACCAGCCACCCCCACAGCCUCCGCACCAGCCGCAGCACCAGCACCACCACCACCUCUCCGUCCCGCCUCCGCCGCUCAUGCCCAUGUCGCAGCCGCAGUUCAGGCCUCACGUGCAGACGGCCCAGCCUCCGCCCAGCAGCGGCCGGAUGCAGUGCCCCCAGCGCCAGGGGCUGAGGCAUAAUACAACGUCUCAGAAUGUAACCAAACGGCCAAUGCAGCCAAUGCAGCCAACUGCUCCAAGAAACAGUAACCUGCGCGAGUUGCCCAUAGCACCGUCGCACGUUAUGGAGAUGAGUAGCAGCCGCUGCUCUUCCACGCCCGCAGCUCCAGGAAAACCUGUUGCCAGCACGUCACCGCCCACGAGGCCAGGGGGUGGGCCCAGGGGCGCACAGGGCAAGAGUGAAGCCAAAGUCAAGCCAGUCAGCCCUGUGGUUCAGCCCAAAGAGGAGGCAAAAACAGAACCAGAGUUUCCUGACGAAGACGAAGAAACGAGGCUGUAUCGCUUGAAGAUCGAAGAACAGAAGCGGCUCCGGGAAGAGAUCCUCAAGCAGAAGGAGCUGCGCCGGCAGCAGCAGGCGGGCGCAAGGAAGAAGGAGCUUCUCGAGAGGCUGGCCCAGCAGCAGCAACUGCACCUGCCCCCCGCCGCGGCAGAGCAGGAGCGGCCGGUGGCCUCGCCGUCGCCCACCAAUGGAAACCCACUGUUACCCUUCCCAGGCGCCCAGGUCAGACAAAAUGUGAAAAACAGACUUCUCGUGAAAAACCAAGAUGUCACUGUUUCAAAUGUUCAGCCCAAAACAUCAAAUUUUGUGCCAUCUGGUGCUAACUUGCAGUAUCAAGGACAACAGAUGAAACCAUUGAAACAUUUGAGACAGGCCAGAACCGUACCUCAGAGUCCAGCUCAGCACAAAGUCCUGCAGGUAAAACCUGCGGACGGGGAGGGGCCGCCACCCCCCUCACAGACCGCUCGAGUGGCGUCCCUCCAGGGCCGGCCCCCGGACGCCAAGCCUGGCGCGAAAAGGACUGUCAUGCACCGGGCAAACAGCGGUGGCGGAGAUGGGCCACACGUCAGCUCCAAGGUCAGGGUGAUUAAGUUGUCAGGAGGGCAGGGAGGAGAGAGCGACGGCUUUUUUCACCCUGAGGGCCAGCCCCAGCGGCUCCCGCAGCCCCCAGAAGUGAGACAGCAGCCCGCCCGCAAGGUGACGCUGACCAAGGGGGCCCUUCAGCAGCCCCAGCACCCGCCGGUGGGGCCCCACGUGCACUCGGCCGGCCCUCCGGCCAUCAAGAGCAUCCAGGGAGUUCAUCCGGCCAAGAAGGUGCUCAUGCAUGGGAGAGGCCGAGGCGUGGCCGGAGCGAUGGGCCGAGGACGCCUGAUGCCAAACAAGCAGAACCUCCGGGUGGUGGAGUGUAAGCCCCAGCCCUGCGUCGUGUCUGUGGAAGGGCUGUCCUCGUCCACCACCGACGUCCAGCUGAAGAACCUGCUGAUGUCAGUAGGCCCCAUUCAGAGUUUACAGAUGCUUCCCCAGCAACGGAAAGCCAUAGCUAAGUUCAAGGAACCAGCUCAUGCGUUAGCAUUUCAGCAGAAAUUCCACAGGCACAUGAUAGAUUUGUCCCACAUAAACGUGGCCCUGAUUGUUGAGUGAUUUCUAGCAGGAGACGCUGACCUGACACUGUACGCGCUGUGGAUUUCUUCACGGAAGCUGCAGCGCAGAAUCCCCGCGAGCGUAGGCCUCUCCGUCCGCGGUCUUGCGUUAACUGUUGUUUGGAGCGCCGCACGGCCCAGUGUCGAUUCCAGCAGAGCUGAACUUGGGGACACGGCGGACUGGGGUUUGCUGUUAGACAGCUUCAUGUUCUGUUGUCACCACAGAGAACUAUAGUUUUCGUUUGCUUUUGUUUUCCAAGUGCUCACAGUGCAUGUAGACAUCGUUCUUCGUGAUCGUACUGUGUCCUCGGUCACAGUGACUUAGAUUCAGGAAGGAACAUUAAUGUCACAAAUUAUAAGUAGUUUUUCACAGCAAAGAAUACUUGAUAAUGGUUGCACUUAUCUUCAGUGCAGGCUAGACAAGUGUUUUCCCAGCCCAGCGUAACUUGCGCUGUCUUCUCAGAAAGCCCUCAAAAGGCUCUCGGAAAAACGUAGAUUAAAAUGUGGGUGAUUACGACUGACAGUUGCAUAUCCUGGAAAGCGGGGUAUGAGGGUGGUUGGGAAUGGUGCCAAUCGUGUGGCGGAUUCUGCUUCUUGUGAGUACUCCAAAAGCACUGACUGCGUUCCCAGUUCCGGAGGGGACUCCCCACCCCUCUACCCUUCCCAAAUCAGGCAGCACACCUGGCAGGCCCCGCCCGCCGCCCCGGGCCCAGGGAAGGUGCCCGUAGUGCCGCCGCCUCGCCGCCCUUCCGGAGCGCCCUGCCGGGCGGGCUGCAGCACGCAUCUACCACGCGAGGUGGAGGGACGGCCCGGAGCUUGAACAGACCUGUGUCGCGGUUUUUUCCUCUUUUUAAAAGCAGCCCAUAGGGGCAUAUUUGUGUCCCUGGCUCGGUGACAUAGGGCGUUCUUUGGGAACCUGGUUAUCAUUGCUUUGAUUAACUUCUUGUUUUGGAAGGCCUUUUGAGCAGGGCUGCGCCGUCCUUCCGCAGACUAGGAGCAGGUCACCCCUCAUGGAGUGUGGUGUGAGGGACUGCCAAGCCCAAAGUGAAAUCGCAGUGUGUUCGUAUCGCCAUGAGCCCUCUUGAGCUCUGGGUAGGUUCUUUAGCUGAGACACUUACUCCCCAUAAAGCAGCCUUUAGUAAAAUUCAUUCUGGGCAAAUGUUUAAAAAAGUGCCUUAUUGUAUUUCUGCUCAUGAAGGAGAUUCACUGUUGUGGAUUUAUUCUCAUGCGGACCUGACCUCUUUUGAGCAAGUACUAGAUACUAGGGCAUCCUCUGACUUUGUAGCUGUGUUUUAUACCUAAGAUUUCACGUCAGGUUUAUUAGUAGAAUUAGAGGAAAUGGUAGCCCGCUGCCACCUGCCGCCUCCGGUGAGCCCAGCGCAGCCCCCUGUAGACCCCAAAGCCCCUGCGGCCGGGCGUCCUCCCACCUCCGCCUUCUGGGGGCUGGGACACAGGCCCUGGGAACCUGUGUUGUUGUGUUUCCCCAGGUGACAUUUUCUAGCGUUUUUUCAGUUGAAGUUAGCUGAACUGGAGGGGAGUGUGCAGACCCCGUGAGGCCACAGUGUGGAUCUGAAGCGUGUCCUGUGCUGAGAGUCGGCCUGGAAGAUGGAGGUGAUUGUUGAGGGCUGCUUUGCAGAAGGCGUUGUGCCAGGAAACAGGCACUCGUAGGGUACACUAGAACACCCUCCAGCGGAGGUGCCUGGCCUCGCUGGUCUCCGAAGGCCCGACAGAGCUGUGGAAGGCGGUGUCGCGCGCCGGGCGGCCUUGCUGGUCCAGCGGAGGGUGGCAGAGUCAGGGCUGGGAGCCUGCCCUCAGCCGGCGGGCGCGGGUGGUCCUGUCUGCUUGUCACAGGUAGACACGGAUGUGUUGAUGUAUUGAAAAGCGUAGUUUCUUUGGUCUGGCCCACCGAGAGCCGCAUUGAAGUGAAGAGCUUGACGGCCUGGAAGCUCUCCUUGAGAGCUCUGACCACUCCUCCUCGAGGGCCAGUGGGCAGGCUUUCAGCUGAUGGACUUACUGUCUCGCCGAGGACCAACUGACGCCGUAAGAUGGGAGAGUCUGAGUGUGCUGUAGCCUUGAAACUGAAAAGCUGCACGUUGUCUCUGGAAGGUAGGCACAGAAACAUGCAUUUUCUAGUUAGUGCUGAUGAACUAACCAGUCCUACGUGGGCGGCACUGUUGAAGACAGCCCUUGUGGCUGCUCUAAGGUCUGCUGCUGGCACUGAGUAGGACACGGGUGUCCGGGACGUGUGUGUCCGUGAGUGUGCACACACGCGGAAGCGUCCUCUUGCUGUGAUGUUCUUGAAAGCCCUGGGCCAGGUGGUUAGAAGGCUCAGCGCUGCAGCCUCCGCGCGCACAGCCAUCGGGAGCGGCCCUCCUCAGGGCCCCCGCCCCGGGCCAGGAGCAGAAGCUUAGUUUCCUUGAGGGGGACUGCGGAAAAGGAAAGAAGCAGAAUUAGAAAGUAAUGCGAUUGCCGUGGUCGCGCACUUUCUGCAGGGCAGUCAGACCACCGUCAGCUGAGCCCUCUUGGAAGAUCUGUUGCAACCAUUAUCUUUGUUCUUUCUUUAUCAUGCAUUUAAGACGAGAUGCAGCAGCAUUUAGCAUACGGUGUAAAUACGGACCUUUUACAAUUACAAUGUUACUGGAAAUGCUUUCAAUUCAGCAACAAUCUUAUUAGCUCUUUGUUAGUUCUUUUGUGUUGUCUUAUCAAAGUUACAUGGAUACAGUUCCAUAACUGUUGAUGUGUUUGUGUGUACAUUCGAUUUUUAUAAAGAUGGUAGUAAGUCAAUACAUUUAUCCUGACCUGUGUAUUAUUUGUUCCCAAAUUCAAGAGGCUUAAAGUCAGUAAAUACCAGUAUAUCGCAUAAGGUAAACAUAAUAGGUGAUGAUGUGGAGCCAAGUUACUUUUUCUUUUUGCAUUGUCUUGUUUUGAUUUUGUGCUGUAAAUACGAGGUCACGUAGCCGCUUACCUGAGCAUAACCUUGCAUCACCGUGGGUCCGGCCGCUUGCGAAGUCCUUCUGCUGGUACUUUUCUAAAGGAGAAAAAAGAAAUGUUGAGGGGUUCCCCCUUUCUGGACAGGCAACAUCCCAAGUAGGUGCCUGUACCCUCGCCCCGGGGGGGGGCGGGACUGGAGGUGCUGGGGGGCUUCAUAAGAGCUACUUUUCGUUGGGCCGUUCUUCUCUUGAUUUGUAACAGUCCUGGAUAAACGAUUGUUGACGCUUGGUUCUGUAGCAUUUCUAAACUGUGACAGAGCUUAGAUCCUGCACCCAGGGGUCUUUUCUCAAAGAACAUUUUGCUUAAUUUGCAAACAGAAGACUUUGUUGCCCGUGGAAGGGGAAUGGGAGAGCUGUCCAGGGUGGAGGGAGUGAGGAACGAUGGGAAGGGUGGGGGGAGGAGAGUUUUGCAGAAUGAAGGAGUUGUAAUGAGUAUACCAUAAUGAACUUCGGACACACGGGCUCUUUUAGGAGGAGUCAGCCAGUCAAGUUGGAAGAUGGAGGGUGGGCUCGCAGAAGGCUCUCUCUGGGGGAUGGGAGGGUGCCCCACCCGUCAGGGAGAGCCACCCUUCCCUGCGUGGGCCUUGAGCUUUUCCUCAGGAGGGGGCCGGACUGGCUCCGGUGGGGUAGAGAUGCACGGAGGCAGGGCCUUGCUCAGAGGGUUGGUUUUGAGAACCUAUCACUUCCAUUCUUUUUUUCUUUCAUUUUCUUUUGGCUUGUGAUUUUCUGUUUUGUUCUGUUUAUUUUGUUGGUUUUUUAAAAUUAAUUUCUUUGUUAUUUAAUUGAAGGUAAGCUCACCAUGCUGGUAGAUCGCUGGACUGACAGGGACCCUGGUGUUGGGUUUUGGUAGAGGCCUGUGUGCCGAGUGCCUGGAGCGCCCUAGAGCCCCCCUCGUCCCGCAUAGUUCCCCAGAGAGCCCACGUGCCUGGCCAUCAGGACGUGCAUCCCCGUCAGCCUGUGCUGCCCGUAGCAGACGGCUUUGGGCUCCCUGGCGGGUGCACUGCCCUUCUUGGGUCAUUUUAAAUUUUUCCUCCCUCCCUGCUUGGAGGACUGUUCUGGUUUCAUAUAUUCACUGGUAGACCUAAUUUUAUUUCCUUUAGUCAGGUAGAGUCCCACCCCCUCACCCCCCCACCCACCUUUUUUAUUUAUUUAUUUGGAGUGGGGGGGUGCUUCUGAGAAGUAGCCCUUGGUUCUUUACAAAUUUUUAAGUGAUAUUGUUCUAAAAGGGAAUUUCCCGAACGGUGGGAGGGGGCGGGUGAUAGAGACGGGGCCAGGAGACAGUUGCCCCCCCCCCCAAGGAAGCUGCAGGAGUUUAGAUCAUGUAGGGGAAAGUUUAGAUAUUUUACUGUGUUUAACGAGCAUCUCGAUUAACCUUUUCAACGAUUUUUAAAACUUGUGAAUGACAUGUUAUUUUGGAUAUUCGUAAAUAUGAAUUCUCCAAAGGCAUCUGGCCUUGAUUCACUAGUAAAUCCUAAGGAUUUUGUGUAAGGUUUUUUUUGCAACCUAUUUAAUUGUCAUCAUUUAAAACGCCUAUGGUUUUGUGUCCUAGAACCAAAGCAAAACUCACUGAUUCAUAUUGGAUCCCAGGUAUACCUUCUUCUGGUAGCGAAUGGUUGGGAAGGAUCGUUGGUUUUACACGUUGUAACCUGCCUUUUCUAGAGAAUGUUUUUUAAAACUCUUAACUCUCUCUUUUCUGUGCCGUGUUGUGGUAGGAAAUCUUUUCAUUAAGAUGGCCAGGGAGAGCAGGUAUCUUUAGUGAGAAGUUGCUUUUCCCUUUUAUUUCUAACCAACUAAAAUGUAAAAAGAUCAUGUUGGUGUGUUGCUCUGUUUUAUUUAAUUUUAAAACAAUGUAGAAAAAUACAGGGCCUUUAAAAAGAAAAAAAUGGAGUUUUAUAGUUUUAAUACAUUGCAGAGUGGACAGAUGUACUAUUUUAAUAUAUUCUGUAUUUAGUGAUUAAUAUACUCUAGAAAGUAGAUCCUGACUUUUUUUAGCGUGAUUUUCGUUUAAAUUAGUUUUCUCCGUAAGGGCACACGUAGUGGAAGCUAAUUUUUUAGGGACUGUUUCAGUUUUACGCACCGCAGUGUUGCCUUAGACGGACUAGCUGACGUAGGUGUUGUACUCUCAGCCGAAGGGCAGGGGAGCCUUUGUGUUGAUAAUCCAUCUUUGCUUUUCACAGGCAUGGGAUCCAGAAUCGCUUUUCCUCUGUGAGGAUUUUAGCUGUCCAUCUUCGUCUUUAAUUCCACCCCUUAACUUCCAGGUUCAACCACAGCGAAGCCUGAAAUCUUUCCAUUCCGAGCUGCUUCUCCGUGUUAAGGCGCCUCGUCCUCUGGGGGCCUCCCCCGUGCUCCCCUCUCCUUCCUGUUCUCUUGCACUUUCCUCCCCUGAGCCUGCCUGCCAGCCACCACUGAGCGCUCCUUUCCCUUCUGGAGAAUCCCUUGCUUUGACUUGCUGGUCUCUGAUGUCCUCCUCCUCCUCCCCACCUGCCGUUGAUGACGGACUUCUUCGUCGGCUGACGGUGCUGCGUUCUUUCUUGCUCCUGUGUCCAGUCCUAACAUUCAGACUUCCUUGGGGGGGGCAUGAGAAUGGAGGGAAUCUUUUUGCACUUGUGGGAAUUCGAUCGCAUCUCAUCCUUUGCUUUGACAGGUUUGACUCAUGGUUUGUUCCCCCAGGUCUCUGUUGGAGAGAAUAAUGCCUGAUUUCUGUUGUUUUGCAGUUUGACUUGUAGGAGUGUGGGGCGCCCCCAGCCGCCCGGCCGUGCCGCAGGCGGGCAGCGUGUGAUUAAUCACCCCCUUGUUCUCACCCUCUACUUUUGCAGGACCUCUUGUGCGUGAGUUCAGUGUUAGUUGGGGCAUGCCUAUUUCCCCCUGGAAGUGGCGGCCUGUUUGAGCCUUUGUUACUGCUCUCGCCGUGAUCCUUCCUAACCGUAGUGCGCACGUGCGGCCGAGCCGGCGCCUGGCAGCUCCGAGCUGGAGCCGGACGCUGUGUUUAUUGGGAGUGCGUUGAGAGUUCAGACACCGCAGAUGACCGAGUUGCUUUCCUCUGGGUUGGUCUCCUUCAUGUUUUCUACCCAACACUACAUUUGCGUUGUGGGAAAGGACGUUGCCUUGCUUUACCCCAUUUUUCACUUUGCGCUGAUCACUGUGACAGCUUUAUCAGGAAUCUAUGUGAAGAGCAGUAGUGACGUGGUUGGAAGGAAAUGUAUUGUGUGUGUAUCAUUUGUGUGACUCCGUCCCGAGGCGUGUCUCGGACUGUACUGUAAUUGGAAAGAUGUCAAUAAAGUACUCUGCAGCUCCUG